GGGACACAGACCAACGGGCAGUGCAAGGUGAUCAACUGGUCAUGCAACACAGUGAGGAGAGUGUGCGUCCAGUCCUUGCAAGACAACGGCCUAACGGAAAAACAACACACGAAUCUCCACAGCAAUGGAACCACAGAAGAAAAAAGACCCGUUGAUCAACCUGUUUUUCCCUUCGUUAAUGGAAGCUCUGAAAGCAGUCACAUUAGAACCUGUCAUGUUGAUUGACGGAGCCUGUAAUCAAGCCAUGAUGUUACUGGCGGAAAACGUACAAAUAAACAAGAUAUGCACGGUGAACCUGAACAUUUCUGUGGAGGUCUGUUCUAACCUCUCAUCCCACCACGAGGAAAGCAUUCUUGUCCAGAGAGAGCUCAGCAUUUUCGCAUUUUACAACAGCAUAAUCAUGUCCGUCCUUCCUUUCCUUAUUGUGUUGUUCAUGGGGGCCUGGAGUGACAGAUACGGAAGAAAGAUCCCUUUACUUCUGACCUUCACUGGCCAUCUCUUCUACGCAGGGGGGUAUCUUCUGAACAACUGGCAGAGCGCUUGGCCUGUUGAGGUCGUCUACCUCGUGACCUUUCUAGAGGCACUCGGAGGAGGCUACAUGUGCUUGCUUUCCAUCACCACCAGCUACAUCAGCGACAUCUGCUCGGAGGAGAACCGCACGUCCAGGGUCAGCACAGCAACCUCGUUCUGGUACCUGGGAGGGCCUCUUGGCACCUUGCUGGGCGCCAUCGUCUUAAGCCACAGCGGCUACAACCUGGCACUCGGUCUCGUGUUCAUGGCGUACGUCUCGGCCAUAUGCUAUAUCUUGAUGUUUAUUCGAGAAAGCCACGGCCCUUUCGCCCAGGAGCCAGUCGAGGUCAAAGGUCGAGGUUCAGACGAGAGCCAAGGCGUCAAGAGAGAAGAGGUCGCGCCUCGGAAGAUGUUUACGGACUUCUUCAACUGGCGGCGACUGUUCGAGAGUUUCAAGACGGCUUUUCAGAAACGUGAAGGAAACACCAGAGCCAUUUUGGUCGUCGUCAUCGUCUGUAACAUGCUGUGGAGGAUGUCGAGAGGUUUCUAUGUGUACUUGUUUGUAAGAAGAACACUACAGUGGGAUGCUACGGACUUUGGGUAUUAUCUCACAUACCGCAAUCUGAUCGCUGCUGCAGGCUCCCUGGUCCUGGUGCCUCUGCUGACUCGCCGGGUGUCCAUGAGCGACACGUUCCUGGUGAUCCUGGGCUCCGCGUCCAUCGUGGGCGAGUACGGUUGCUACGGCUUCGUCUCCAGCGCCAGGCAGAAGGUGCUCAUGUGGCUCGGGCCGCCCAUCGGGGUCCUGUCGAACGCCAGCGUCAUCGCCUUCCGGUCCAUGUCGACCAAGCUGGUUUCCGCCGAGGAGAAAGGCCGCAUCAGCGCCGUCCUGGCCGCCCUCUACGGCCUCAUGCCCAUGGCUGGCUACGCCGUUUAUGCCCCGAUCUAUUACAACACCGUCGACUUCCCGGCCGCUCAGUUCUUCUUCGCCGCUGGAGUCAACGCCCUGAUCAUGCUGUUUUUCAUGUGA